AGACAGCACCGUGCUCUGGGCCCCUGCCUACUCAUCGGCUCAGGAAUGGAGAAGGGAUACAGCACAGUCACCUUCGACGGGACUCCCAGCUACGGCCACACGCCCUCGCACCACGCCGCGCAGUUUCCUAACCACUCCUUCAAGCACGAGGACCCCAUGGGCCAGCAGGGCUCGCUGGGCGAGCAGCAGUACUCCGUGCCGCCCCCAGUCUACGGCUGCCACACCCCCACCGACAGCUGCACGGGCAGCCAGGCCCUGCUGCUGAGGACGCCCUACAGCAGUGACAACUUGUACCAGAUGACUUCCCAACUUGAAUGCAUGACCUGGAAUCAGAUGAACUUAGGAGCCACAUUGAAGGGAGUUGCUGCUGGGAGCUCCAGCUCAGUGAAAUGGACAGAAGGGCAGAGCAACCACGGCACGGGAUAUGAAAGUGAUAACCACACAACACCCAUCCUCUGUGGCGCCCAAUACAGAAUACACACCCAUGGCGUCUUCAGGGGCAUUCAGGAUGUGCGGCGCGUGCCUGGAGUAGCCCCGACUCUUGUCCGGUCAGCAUCUGAGACUAGUGAGAAACGGCCCUUCAUGUGUGCUUACCCGGGCUGCAAUAAGAGAUAUUUUAAGCUGUCCCACUUACAGAUGCACAGCCGGAAGCACACUGGUGAGAAACCAUACCAGUGUGACUUCAAGGACUGUGAGCGAAGGUUUUCUCGUUCAGACCAGCUCAAAAGACACCAAAGGAGACACACAGGUGUGAAACCAUUCCAGUGUAAAACUUGUCAGCGAAAGUUCUCCCGGUCCGACCAUCUGAAGACCCACACCAGGACUCAUACAGGUGAAAAGCCCUUCAGCUGUCGGUGGCCCAGUUGUCAGAAAAAGUUUGCCCGAUCAGACGAAUUAGUCCGCCAUCACAACAUGCACCAGAGAAACAUGACCAAACUCCAGCUGGCGCUUUGAGGGGUCCAACCCAGGGGACAAUUCUAUGUCCCAAGGCAACACAGCAUGUGAACUGCUUUCGAACCUGACUUUAAAAUUCCUCCUCACUCACCUCUUAAAGAAGGAAAUGGCGGCCGAUUGUCUUCAUCCAGCUUCCAAGACAAGAUGCCUGUGCUACUGGAUUCUGCCGGGUUUGCCCGGAGAAGCUGGGCUAUGCGUUGCCAACUCAUAGUUGACUCACAAGGCCCUGGAGAAGUGGCUAACAACAUCCGGUUAGUUAAAGCCCAUCACCAUUUGGUCUGGCUUUUCCAGUGUAAGAAGAACCAUUGUUGAUGAUGUUCCCCCACCCUCUCCUCCUUUUAUGCUCAUUUUCACUGGGAAUGGAGUCAUUGUACCAUUUUCCAUCAUAGAAUAUUUAUAGGCCAGGGCAUGUGUAUGUGUCUGCUAAUGUAAACUUUGUCAUGGUUUCCAUUUACUAAUAGCAAUAGCAAGAAAUAAAUCAAAGAGCCAGGCCCUGGGGGUGAGCCCCUUCAGACAUUCCGGAGGUUAGGCUGGCUGCUAACCUGGAAGGCAGGAUGGAGCACUACCAGGCAACUUUUAAAACUCAUGCGUUUCAAGCAGCUGAAAAAAGAAUCAGAACUAACCAGUACCUCUAUAGAGAAAUCUAAAAGAAUCUUACCGUUCAGUUAAUUUUCAGUUAAUUCAAUGUUAACAUUAGCACAAUGCUCUUAAGAAACUGUGCUUGAAGACCUGAGAUUUUGGUUUCGUGUUUAUUUUUGACUUUUUUGAGUUGUAAUCAUAUGCAUCUUCAGAAAUGUACGUAUCUCCUCACACAAAGGAAGUGGAAUUCAUUUUUAUCAUUCGGGGUGUCCUUAGAGUGUACAGACCACGCUGGUUAUGUGGCUUCAAGUUGUAAAAAUUAGAGUAACUCUAAAAGAGAUAGGGGCUGGUCCAGGAUCUCCACUGAUAAGACUGUUCUUGAGUAACUUAAAUAACUUUGGUUCUAGAGGCUACGUGAAAAAAAUGAGACUUAGUGUGAGGAAAUCCAUUGUUUAAAGGUAAUCGGCUACGUGUGUGUGUGCCUGUAUGCGUGUGUGUGUCUUAAGGGAGGGAGUUUAUUAUUUACUGUUGCUUGAAAUUAUUGUGUAAAUAUAUGUAUCUGACGAUGAUUUGCUCUUUGACAACUAAAGUUAGGAAAUGUAUAAAUGUUAGCUGCAUCACUGUCUUGGUGUUGAUCUUACAAGGUAUCGAUGAUAACACUAAAAAUGUAACCUGCAUUUUUCACUUCGCUCUCAAUUAAAGUCUGUUCAAAAGGAAA